GCCGUCCAAUUUUAUUGCCAUUUUAAGAACGAAGACGCUGUUGCCCAAAUCAAUAGAUGAUCAACAACAGUUCUAUAAUCGGUUGCUUUCAGAGAUUGUCUAAGAGUUGAUUUGUACUUUGAAGAACUCUCUCUCUCUCUCUCUCUCUCUCUCUCUCUCUCUCCUUGCAAAUCUAUGGCAGCUGAAGAGGGUAAUAAUAUUCCAUCACUCCUUCCUUACCCUGAGAUGAUUUUGGCAGCAAUUGCGGCCCUGGAUGAGAAGAAUGGCUCCAACAAGACAUCAAUAUCAAAGUACAUUGAAUCAAAAUAUAGGGACUUGCCAGCAGCCCAUUCGACUCUUCUCUCUCACCACCUCAACAGAAUGAAGGCUACUGGAGAGCUAAUCUUUUGGAAAAACAACUAUAUGAAAGCAGAUCCCAAUGCGCCUCCAAGGCGUGGCCGAGGUAGGCCUCCGAAGUCUAAGGUUCCAUUGCCACCAGGAAUUGUUGUGUCCCCUGCCAGACCCAGAGGCCGUCCACCAAAGGACCCAAAUGCACCUCCUAAGCCAGUGAAGCCAAAGCCUGCCACUACUGGAAGUGAAAAGCCAAGAGGGAGACCACGCAAGAUGGCACAGUCCAUGGAGGAAGUGAAUGGGACAGCCACUACCACAAUAGUGGCAAUGGCAACAGGGACUGGCAGGCCAAGGGGUAGGCCUCCAAAGGUAAGGCCUGCUUCUGUGACCGAAGUCAGUGUUCAAUACUAGGCCACCUCCUUACAGUAGAGAGUAGUAGUUGCUUUGACAAAAAAAAAAAAAAAAAAACUAGUUGCUGGACUGACCUUUCUCUUGUAGAAUUUAGUGUGUUGUGUGUGCAUGGCAUGUGAUUGCGUGUAGAAUUGGAUGAAUCUAGUUGUUGUUGUUGUUGAAUUGAGGCAAACUCUUAGUUUAGUUUGUAGAUAAUAAUCUGAAUCUGACAGCAACAAUGGUUUCCCGUUUGUUUUUA